AUGGAUGAUUGGGGUUUUAAUGAAUCUCACGAGGCAUUCAUUAAACACAUUGAUGACCAGUUAUCUCGAACGAAAGGCAAUCAACUCGUGUUGAUUAGUCUCAUCGAUGAAUGGGGAAAAGAAAAUAUUCUUAACGACACAUUUUUUGAUCAUAUUAUCAAAUACAACAGUCCACAUUUAUUGUACAUUACAUUUGAUUUUCAUGAAUAUUGCAAAGGUUUACAAUUCGGAAAUAUACUGGCGCUUUUACAGCUCUUGGAUGAGAAGAAUAUAUUUCGAGAAAUGCGGUUUUUUUGGAUAAAUACGGAGAAAAAUACGGUACUCAGUGAUCAAACAAGUGUAUUUCGUGUGAAUUGUGUCGAUUGUCUCGAUCGAACAAAUGUUGUUCAAGCUGCAAUUGCGAAAACUAUUUUAGAAAUAAUGCUGAAAAAAGUCGGUUUGUUAGACAUAGACGCAGGUGGUCUGAAUGACGAUGCCAGGAUUAUCUUUCAAACCAUGUGGGCAGAUAAUGGUGAUGCUAUUAGUAGACAAUAUGCAGGCACAGAUGCAAUGAAGGUAAGAUAA